AUUUUUCGUUUAUUGUAUAUUUGCAGCAGUACCUAUUAUGACAGAAAAUCACAAGGAAUAUUGUAUAGUCCCUCUCCAUCAACGACCAGACCUAACUCAAGACUGUUGCACAUUACUCAAUUCUGAAUGGCCACGAAGUGAUACUGCACGGUUAAAAUCUCUGAAUGUAUCGUGCGAUGAAUUCCCUACAUGUCUCAUACUUAUUGAUAAAGAGGACAGAGUUCUUGGUCACUGUAAGAUAUCCUUAAUACCCAGAUUACGUCAUAGUUGUCUCGUACAAUCAGUCAUAAUUGACUUCCAAUGUAGAUCUCAGGGACUUGGAUCUAGAUUGCUUCGUGGUGCAGAAGAAUAUGUUACAAAAAAAGGAAUUAAAAAUGUCUAUUUAAUAACCAAAGGCCAAGAAGUUUUUUACCUUAAAAAUGGAUACAAAACAUGCGAUCCAUUUAAGGCAUAUGGAAUUAAUGAUGUUGUGUAUUCUACUGCAGCAUUUACUAAAGCAAAGCUUAAAGAAAAGUCUAUGCAAUGUUCUGGCCCACCACCACCUCCAAUGCCAAACUUUCAAAUGCCAAAAUUCUUUGAUUUUAGCUCAAUUGCUCACAGAACACAUAUGGUAAAAAAAUUAUCGUUAUAACAGUAAAAUAAUGAAAAAAAAUUCUUGCAUCUACAAGACUCUUACAUAUUCCAUGUGUAAAUGUCGUAAAACGCAUUAUUUAUUUAUUUAGUAAAUUAUUUUUUUAU